AUCCCCGAGAUGUUUCAGACCACUUGGCAAAGCUAUGAUUAUUCCAGCAGCGUCACUGCGUCCACGGCGUCUCCAUCUGUGCAUUCGGAAUACUGAUUCGCUUUUCCUUACCCUGCUGUGCGCUCUCUCUCUUUCUUUCUUUUUUCUCUAUGCCCUGCACACCACACUCUCCCUCUCACACACCCACCGCACUCUGCACGCAGCCUCCUGUAUGCAGAAGAGGACUUUCUUUUUUCCUUUUUUUUUUUAAAUUAUUGUUAUUAUCAUUAUUAUUAUGUAUAUAGACAUUUUUUUUUUUUUACCAAACUUACCUGUGCAGUUAUUUGCAUUUGCACUGCUACUUCACUGCUGAUUCAUUCGAGGAUUUCGGCUGAAUUAACUGUCACAUAAAGCCAAUUCAGCCAGAGCAGCUCCCUGGAAGAGGUUCGCCUAGAUGGAGACAAGUUUGUGCCACCUACACCCCGGAAGGUGGAGAUGAGACGAGACCCGGUACUUGGUUUUGGCUUUGUGGCAGGCAGUGAGAAACCUGUGGUGGUUCGCUCAGUCACACCAGGGGGUCCAUCAGAGGGCAAGCUCAUCCCAGGGGACGAGAUCAUCAUGAUCAAUGAUGAGCCAGUCAGUUCCGCUCCCAGGGAAAGGGUGAUUGACCUCGUCAGGAGCUGCAAGGAGUCCAUAUUGUUGACUGUUGUUCAGCCAUACCCGUCACCCAAGUCGGCGUUCAUCAGCGCAGCCAAAAAGGCCAAGUUAAAGACAAAUCCCGUUAAAGUCCGCUUUGCAGAAGAAGUCAUCAUCAACGGCCAGGUUCCUGAAACUGUGAAGGACAACUCACUUCUUUUCAUGCCAAAUGUUCUCAAGGUCUACCUGGAGAAUGGCCAGACAAAAUCGUUUAAAUUUGACAGCAACACAUCUAUAAAGGAUGUCAUUUUGACACUGCAAGAGAAGCUGUCCAUAAAGAGCAUCGAACACUUCUCUCUGAUUCUGGAGCAUAGAGCUGAAGGAUCGGCCAGCAAACUGAUGCUCCUUCAUGAGCAAGAAAUGCUAACUCAGGUGACAAAGAGGCCAGGGUCACACAAGAUGAAGUGUUUUUUUCGCAUCACUUUUGUCCCAAAGGACCCAUUAGAGCUGCUGAGGAGAGAUGCAAUAGCAUUUGAGUACCUCUAUGUCCAGAGCUGUAAUGAUGUGGUACUGGAGCGAUUUGGGUCAGAGCUGAAAUAUGACACUGCCCUCCGCCUGGCUGCCCUGCAAAUGUACAUUCUAACCAUCAAUACCAAGCAGUCCCAGAAAGUAUCCCUCAAGUAUAUUGAGAAGGAGUGGGGGUUGGCCUUGUUCCUCCCUCCUGCAGUGUUGUCCAGUAUGAAAGAGAAGAACAUCAAAAAAGCACUCACUCACAUCCUCAAAACCAACCAGAAUCUGGUUCCACCUGGUAAAAAGCUGACUGCCUUGCAGGCUAAGGUCCAUUAUCUGAAGUAUCUCAGUGACUUGAGGCUCUAUGGAGGUCGGGUGUUUAAGUCGACACUUAUUCAAGGCGAGAAGCACACCGAGGUGACCUUGCUGGUGGGGCCCAAAUAUGGCAUCAGCCAUGUGAUUAACACCAAAACCAACCUGGUGGCACUUCUGGCUGAUUUCAGCCACGUCAAUCGCAUCGAGAUGUAUGCGGAAGAUGAAAACAAAGUUCGUGUGGAGCUCCAUGUUCUGGAUGUUAAGCCCAUCACUCUUUUAAUGGAGUCUACUGAUGCAAUGAAUUUGGCCUGCCUGACUGCUGGAUACUACAGAUUACUGGUGGAUUCUCGGCGUUCCAUCUUCAAUGUGGCCAAGAACACAGACAGUAUGGAUAUAAGCCAUGCAGCAAGGAUCAAGCAGAACUACCAGGCCAUCGAGUAUACCUAUAGCACACCCCAAAAGGGAAACGAAGACAGAAUCAACCAGAGGUGCAGCCAGGAUUUCUCAGACCAGGAGUGUGAAUACCUCGACCGCGGCAGAUGUGAAAGCCAACCUGCCUACAUGGCUGAGAUCCACCAAGCUCAGCAUUCAGUAUAUAUGCUUGAAAGGGCAGAGUUCUGCAGGGUACCGUCCACCCAAACAUACCUUAAUGUCCCAAGAAACAAAGGCCAAGAAUCCUGCAGGAGUGCAAAGGUGUCUUUCAUUUUUGGAGAUCCUCCCUUAGACACUGUAAACCCCCAAAAUCUGGGCUACCAGAGACUGAUGGAUGACAGUUCAGAGAUUAUAGACAAUCACAGCCCAAUGUACAGGCGUCUUGAAGAGGACUACAAGAUGAUGGACGCCCUAGAAGAAGGUGAUGGCUAUCAGUAUUCCACCAAAAUGUUUGAGGAGCCGCUGCUGCAUGAUAUCUGCUAUGCAGAGACAACAGAUGACGCGGAAGACGAGGAUGACAUCAGCUGCGAAGAGGACAUGGUGAUGAGUGACACUGACAAGCCCGCAUUACUCUCCCUCUCGGGGUCCAGCGAUGACAUCAUUGACUUGACCUCCCUCCCUCCGCCACCGGAGGGUAACGACGAGGAGGACAAUGACGUGCUGCUGCACUCUCUCAACCUGGCCAUUGCUGCCCCUCCUCCUGGCUUCAGGGACAGCUCAGAUGAGGAGGAGCAGCAGGAGUCAGGGAGUCAAGCCCAGGGGGGCCGCAAUGAUAUUCCAGUGUCCCUCAUAGAUUCAGUGCCCGCCCACAGAGCUCAGAACCAGGGGGAACCCCUUGACGAAGCUGUUGUGUCCACCUUGCAGGCACUCGAGGCUCUUGCUGCAUCGGAGGAACCAGCACAGUCUGAGAACAGCACAGGUGUAGGAAUAUCACGUGCGUUUAGUCCAGAGUCAUCAGAUUCUGGCAAUGAGACAAACUCAUCCGAGAUGACGGAAAGUUCCGAACUGGCCACCGCCCAGAGACACUCAGACCAGCACUUGAGGAUGCAUGCAUCUGUGACAGACGGUUAUCACACCGCGAAUGAUGAAAAGUCAGAGCGACUUGGUGAAAGUGGCGCCGGGACUGUGCAGGAGCUUCAUGGUGACGAGCCGAAAUCCGCGGCCACUGCCUCCACCCAACUUUUCCACUCUGACGGCGGUGAGAUGGAGCCAGAGACGAUGGAAAUAAAAUCAGUCAGUGAGUACUUCACGAAGAUACAUAUUGACUCACUUCUGAGCGGGCACGGAGGCAAACAAGGGAAUUUAGAGAACCAAACUCAACGAGACACCUGUGACCCCAUAGAAAAAUCCCACGUGACCAUCCAAGAGCAAGCUAAAGAAGAGCCGCUGCAUCUUGUUGGGAAGUAUAAUACCUUCACCGUGCGGGAUUCCUAUUAUGUCAAUCAGCUUGAUCUGGGGCGAACGUCCCUCAAAGACCGCCAUCAAAAGUGGCUGCACAGAGCUUCAGGAAACAAAAUGGAUGAGGCUCUCGCUCCAGAAUAUGUGAAUGAGUCACAGGCCUCCCACACAGACAGGUUGACAGUGAAGGGAGGGAAACAGGACUCAGACGAAAGAAGCCAACCGUUAAAUGCCCAACUCCGCUCUCCUUCCAAAGGACAGGAGGGCGUUGAUACUUCACGGGAUGGUGAGCAGCAAAUUAAGACGACGUCAUCGGAGCAAGAUGUCACAAGGCUAUACGAGUACCACUUGAGCAAGCGCAUGUCAUCUCUGCAGAGUGAGGGGCCUCAUUCUCUCCAAAGUUCACAAUGUUCAUCUAUAGAUGCCGGAUGUAGUACGGGUAGCAGCAGCUGUGUCACUCCAAUGGACUCUCCCCUUUGCGUCGCGGACAACACGCAUGUACUAUCCGAGUCCUCGCUCAAGGGGUUGAGUUAUGUAACUGGUCCGGAGGAAAAGGCCUAUGCUCACACCGGGCAAAAUAAGGAAGCCACACAACUAAGGAAGACCCAGGCAACGACCAGCGCAGACUCUGGUUUUGGAAACAGUGGUCACAGAUUAUCAAAGAUAAAAGAAACCACAGCCUGCGCACAGCAGAGGACGCUUGGAGAAGAGACAUCUUUAGCGCUCUGUCGUGAGACCAAUAACACCACCACAGUCAUUUCACCAUCGUUAUUAGCAAGCUGCACAGAGCCCAGUGGGCUAAAUUGGGCCAGACCUGAGCCCAACCCACAUGCCCUGCCUUCCCCGUCUAGCGGAUCCUCAUGCGACCUUCUCAAAAAUAGCCUCAGGAAGCCACGUAGGGUUCCGAUGCGCAGGAGAAGCUGGAGCACCCUAAUGCCAGGCUCCAGGAGCUUUGAGGCAUUGCUAGAGAGGACCAAAGCUACCUUCAUAGGGAAGAGCGCUGGUCAGAAAUUAGAGUCACAACAUUGCUCAAAAGCUCAGCGCAUACUAUAUGUCAAAUCUGUCACCAAAAGCUUGUCACAUGGUUCGGUCACCUUAAAUUCAGCUUGUGGACGGCCGCCACAGGCAGCACGGUUGGAUGCAGGUGCAUUGAGAUGUCAUAGGCCGGUCAGUUGCUGCUUUAUCUGGAGACAGAAGGACACCGAUCAUGAUGACAGGGAGCCCUCCCAGCUCAGGUUCUCUGUCGUCCCGACGGGCGAUAAGAAAGCAGGCAGUAAAGCGCAGCAGAGUAACAUGGCCAAAAUGAGCCUGGAGGAGAGGUUGGCUCAUGUAAAUUCAAUGAAGGGGAAAACCUACAGCCUUCGUACGGGGUUCGCACUCGCACGCACGGACGCCAUAGAGAUCAUUAGCCUGCUGCGUUCCGGCCAUGCGUCUCAAGGGAAAAACAUGGAAGCUGGCGACGCUGAUACGCAGACCUUCUCUCAGCUGCUCAUCACGCAGGCUAAAGCACUAAGUGGCGCCUGCGGUCAAAUGGCCGCAGAGUACGGCAGCCCGGAGGAAUUGCUGCUCACGCUGACGCACAGCUUCCACACACUCUGCUGCCUCACGCAGGCCUGCAUGUCCCUCGAGGAAGGCCUGCGCAGCGACACAGAGCGGCGCCAGUUGGUAACCAAGGUGGAUGAGGUGCUCGUCAACUACGUGUGUCUGCUGAAAGCUGCCGAGGACUCUUUGGUCAGCUCCCCGGAAGACGCAAGUGUGAAGGCACUGAUGCAUCACUCUGCCAACAUGUCUGCCACCAUAGACACACUAAUCCACUCAAUGACAACACUGUGCAACAAAUAACGUAUCCCAAUUAUUGAUUUUUAAAGCCAUAAGUUAAGAGACAUGGGUGUAACUACCAAUGUGAACUGCUGUGACAAAAAAAAAAAAAACUUGUAUAAAGUCUAUUUUAUUAAACGAUGUAGAAAUAUUUCAAUCACAAAAUUUUAAAAAGAUUUAAGCCUUCUAAAACGAUGCAUACAGACCUCCACCCAAGUAUUUAAGAGUAUAUUGUAAGAAAUGUUUAAAUUAUAUAUUGGUUGUUAUGAAAGACUUCUCAUAGUAUGUUGUUUUG